AUGGCUACAAAUAUAUAACACGAAGAGAUAAAUUUAAGUCUUAAUAACGAUAAGAAGGCAUUUGAGGAUCUUAGUGGGUUUUUUAAUUUGCUAGCUCAAGCUCUGGAAAAAGUGGAUUAAGCUAAUAAGGAAUUAAUUGAAUGUUUGAAAAAGAUUCAAAAAUAGCUGAGUUCAGAAAUACCAAAAUUAGCAGAAGUAGUUUCGCUGGUAGCAGAGUCAAUGAGUGUGGGUCAGAAAAAGAAUUUGGAAUAUGUUGACUUGAUUAAGAGUAAAAUUAUAUUAAGUUUGAAUGGACAGCUGGAACAAAUAAAGACAAAGUAGAAAUUGCUGGAUGAUUAUAAAGCCAAGACGGCGAUUGAAGCUGAUAGGGAUUAAAAAAGAAAGAAUACAGAACCGGCAAAAUAAAAGGAAACAUAUCAAGCAUAUGAACAAGCAAAGAAAGAGAAAAUGUUGGCAGGAUAAACACUUAAUACUUAAUAUUAAAUUUAUAUUAAUGAGAAAAAUCAAGAAUUUUGUUCAAUGUGGAAGCAUUUUCUGAAUAUGUAAAUGUAUUGUUGUGCAGCAGGACUUCAAAGUUUCUCGAAAAGUGCUUAAGAAAUUCAUAAUAGAGAAUAAGAAGUAAAGAAAGAUGCUGAAAUCUUCUUAAGUAAAUUGUUAGGUAAUUAAAGAAGUAAAUGAAUAUUAAUAAUUAUUUAUUUAUUUAUUUAAUGUAACGAGAUCAACUUAAUUUCUCAUAUUUAAAGAGAUUGUUCCCAAACUUGGAAUAGAUUUUGUAUACUGGCAAAUUUACUAGUUUAAAUGAGUUUGAUAAAUGCACUUAACUGUGGCAUCAGGCAGGAUUUCAAGGUCCUUUCUUUUUAAUCAAAUUAACAGAUUAAUGUGUCUUCAUUAUACUUAAUUAAAACUCGACUUAAGACUUCAUACGGACAAUCAAAAAGGGAUUAACAUUUGAGUUGAAUAAAGGCACAUAAUGGUUUUAUUUUAAUUUUUAAGAUGAGUAAUAAAAGGUUUUCAACAUAUGGUUCUAAGAGUAGUAAGAUUUUGAGAAUUUUAAGGUUUGUUUAGAGAGGAUGGUUAAAUGA